GAGAAGCCUUACGAGUGCAGUCAGUGCGGGAAGGCCUUCCGGCAGAGCACACACCUCACCCAGCAUCAGAGGAUCCACACGGGGGAGAAACCCUAUGAGUGCAAUGCCUGUGGCAGGGCCUUCAGCCACAGCUCAUCUCUAAACAAUCACCAGCGCAUCCACACCGGGGAGAAGCCCUACGAGUGUCACGAGUGUGGCAGGGCCUUCAGACAGCUCGCUUCGCUCAUUCAGCAUCAGAGGAUCCACACGGGGGAGAAGCCCUAUGAGUGUCACGAGUGUGGCCGAGCCUUCAGCCAGAGCUCCCUUCUCAUAGAACACCAGAGGAUCCACACCAAGGAAAAGCCCUACGGCUGCAACGAGUGUGGGAAAUGCUUCAGUCACAGCUCAUCGCUCAGCCAGCACGAGAGGACACACACCGGAGAAAAGCCCUAUGAGUGUCCGGAGUGUGGGAAAUGCUUCAAGCAGAGCACUCACCUCACUCAGCACCGGAGGAUCCACACGGGAGAGAGGCCUUUUGAGUGCAGGGCCUGUGGGAAGGCCUUCACACACAGCUCC